AUUCCGGAUUCACGGCCGGGAGUGGGUGUUUCUCCAAGUGACAGAAACACAAGAAAUAAAUACAAGAAUAAGAAGAAAUACAAAAGACGAUUAAGAGAUGGAGGAAGUGGAUAAGAUUCUGAUUCUCACGUUGAAUCAGCUGGGAUGUGAUAUAGAUGAAGAAGUCAAGAGCGUUGGAGGCUUUGGGAUUCCUGAGGUUGUUACAGGAGUUGUCAAAUGUAUAAGAGCAAUAAACAGCGAUUAUGAGCUACCAACAUCCCUCCCUCAAAAUAUGGCUCAACGCUUCAGAGCUGCAGCAUCAAUUGCACAAGCAAUUAAGGAUGUGGGUUAUCCAGGAGACGUUGGUUAUCAGUCUCUCUUAUACCCUAAUGAAACCGAUCUUCGGAAGAUUUUCAUGUUUCUGUUGGAGAAGUUGCCCAAAGAUACUGCUACUGUUUCUGAUGAACCUCUGAACAAAUUGACACUCAUUAAGAUGGAAGCCAAGAGAAGGCUUGCAGAGUCACUAAGGCAGCCUUGGAUUCCUCCCCAUUGCCGUCACGUUGCAUGCAAAUAUGCCACCAAAGCCUCUGUCACUAAGUAUGGGACUCACCAUACUCGACAGUUUGCAUCAAAGGUGUAUACUCCAGUGCGUAAUGCUUCAAAAUUGUCUCCUGCACAAGAGGAUUACUACAAGAAUCAUGCCAGAACAGUUAGUGACAUCCUUGGCAGGGAUUAUGUCAUAACCUCUCUCUUACGGGCUCACGCUCUCCAGUUGGAACGAGAUAGGAUCCUUCCCCGAACUGACACUGAGAUGGAAAAUGGGGAAAUACAGCUAAAACCAUUGUACGAGGACAAAGAAAAUGUUCCAGAUUCUACAGAUAUCAUGGGGAUGCAGAGUACAACACUGUCAUCCUUUGAGACAUCCAAGCAAAUGAUUGAUGUAAAAAUAAAUGAAGAAGGCAUGAAUGAGAACUCAGGGACCACAGCCGCUACCUCCGAGGAAAAGUUGCUCCAGAAGAGAGAGGAACAAGUGUCGAACUUGCAGUCUGAAAUAGCAGGUAUUAGAGACAAGAUUGAGCUGUCUACACAAGGCAUGGAAAAGGCCAGUGAUCAGCUGAAAGAGCUUGUUGAUAAGCUUGCCGAGGAAGAACGUUUGCAGGAAGAGAAGGUUGGAGAGCACAAGAUGAAAAAGAGAAUAGCGAAUCUUGUGCCAGAAUCAGAAUCUAAUAUUAAGAGGCUAAAGGAAGCCCUGAAGAAUAGUGAAGACAAAAUGGCACGUCUGAAGCAGCAGUGGGAGGCUCAUAAGCAGCCACUGGAAGAACAGCUGUCGCAACUUAAUCUUGAAGUGAAUAAGAAAAAGGUAACCAAAGAAGAGAUUUUGGGUGAGAUGACAGAAUUGCGAGACAAGAUGAAGGCAAUGGUGCAAGAUGCUUCAAGGAAAGAGUCUGCGCUUGCACAGCUGAAGAACCAGUUUGCAAGCAUGAAUAAAGAUAUAAACAGAGCUGUUUACACCAAGAGAAUAAUCGACAUCAGUGCCAAAGUCCGCAAACAGAAGCAAGAAAUUGAUCGAGUGCUCGUGGACACAAGGACUAUACAGAAGGAGAUUAACACCCUCUCUGGCAAGCUAGAGCGAACCUUUACAGUGGUCGAGGGAACUGCAUACAAGGAGGCAGGUAAUAAUGAGCGAGUCCGCCAAGUGUAUCGUGCUGUGGCAGCAGUACACGAAGGAUGUGGAGAACUGGUUGACAUUGUACGUGAGACGGGAACUGUCCAGAGAGAAAUCUCUGAACUGAAGGAACAGGUUGAUCUUGAAAAAAGCAAGAAGGUUGAAGAAAAUUUGGAACAACUCAAAGUUGAUCUUAAUCAAGUCAAGAAAGAGAAUGCCAGCCUCAAACAGCAAUUGUUGUAAGGAACAAGAUCCAACUUUUAGGCAAAUAGCUAUUAGUAGAAAUAUAUACAUUCCAAUUAUGUAACUGAUUAGAAAUAAUUGCUGGGUUACCUAUGAAUACCAGGUGAUAAUGUGAUAUAAUCAUGAAACUGUAUAAACAAUUGAAUUACCAAAUCCUUUCAUACAUAUACAUUAAUUUGAAGAAAAUGUGCUUGGAAUUUAAUGUUGUUUGUUAGAGCACUUGAUUUCCAGAUUUUAGGACCAUAAAAAAUGUUAAUUGUUGAAGAGAGAUUUCUGUGAUAUGUACAGUAUUUAGACAUGAUUUAUAAUAAAAGCAUGUAAGUUAUUAAAUAUUGUUGCCAUUUA